AAGAGAAGGCUCUUUCCAACAAAAGGGAGACAGAGUGAUACAGGCUGUGCAGGAUGGGCUCCAGCAGUUUAAACAGUACACCAGACAUAUGCUAGCAGGAGGCUCAGUGAACAGUUCUGUUGAGAUUACAGUUUUGACUAGUCAACCAGGCAAAGACAUGGUGAAACAACUGGAAACAGGGUUGAGAGAGAUAGACCUGGUGAGUCUGCGGAAACUGCAGAUCAUAGAGAUCUCACAAGCAGACUUGCUGGAGUCAGCGGAUGUGGAGUGGCGCAUACAUGCUGAGGAAGAGGUCAGCAGUGAUGACAGUGCGAUCCUGGGGAUGGAUAUUGACCUUCAGACCAUAGAGAAUGAUGUUAUCAGCUUGGAGACUUUCUUUAAAACCUGGCUUCACGAUCAUGGCACAGACAGAGAGCAGCUCCAUCUCCUCCUUCCCUCAGGAGACUUCCGUCACUUCACUGCCCCCAGGACAAGUCUAACAUGUGUGAAAUGUGAUAUUCAGGAGAGACUGCUUAGCCCAGCUCUGCUUCCUGGGGCAGCUGAUGUCACAGUGAGAACAGAUGAUGUCAACACACCAUACCAGAUGGCAGCCUGUCCAACUACAACACUGUAUAAACUCAGAGUCAUAAAGGCUCUGAAGGCUGAAGGGGUUUGUGAGUCAGCACUGUUUGGGAUUCCCUUCAUCAUUAAACCUACGAGUUGUUGGCAGCUGGAUUGGGAUGAGCUGGAGAUGAACCAGCACAACUUCCAUGCUCUGUGUCACAGCUUGCGGAGCGCCUUGAACAGUCUGGAAGUGGAACCUAGAUACAACCCCCUCCAUGUGAAAAGCAACCUCUACAAAUACCUGGUGAGCCGGUUCUCCAGACCCCAGUACCGGCAGCAGGCCCAGCCCAAGGAGCAUCGCCCAGGAGAGCGGCAUCACUCCAGACAGAGCAAAGCCAAGGCCACGGUCGCUCCCCUUCCUCUGGCUCCCCCGCCACCCAAAGCAUUCAGAUCAUCUGCUGCAAGGAAGGACGCCUGUGAGCUCUCUCUCUUCUCUGAUGAAGACAGUGAAUUCCUGGGGAGCAUGUAAUGACAAGGGCCUUUCUCUAUUACAAGCCCAAGUGUUGUGAGACCCUCACACACAGACGCCCUCCUACCCCGGUGCACACGCACAGCAGUCCCCACGCACACAUUCAUGUCACUAUGCACUCACAGCUCAGCCUGUUGCUGGCCCCAGUGCUUGCCAAGCACCACAUGUGCCAGCACAGGACAAGGUCAGGCAAGUGUUGGGCCUGCUUGGCCUUGCUGUGAAAGAUGCUUCCCACCGUUCAUUCUCUUGUUGUUCUACAGUUUUGUUAGUUGCUGAGACAGUCCCCAAGGAGCCUGUUCCCCAGGGGCCCCUCUCUUGCCAUGACACCCAUUGCUACCCCACACAGCGCCUCCCAUUCAUGUGAAUGCAGCACACCACGUGGCCUCAUAGGAUGGGUUCUGAGAACAAGCAUGCACAUACUGGCAUAAUCCCGAAGCCCAAGGACCAGGAUUUGCAUGCUAAUGCGGGGAAGAGAUCUUGGGGAGAGCGGUGACCACAGGGCUCCAUGCAAGGGCCUUGGUGCAUGCAGAGGCACUAGUGGGGUCCUCCCUGCACAGGCUGCAAUGCCAAGCAGCUGUAGCCCUGCCCGAGCAGGUUCCUUGAGCUGCCUGAAUGAACAGUGGUGGUGAAACAGGUUACAAGUUUUAUCUGAGGUCCCCUGAGUCCCAAGGCAGCCCCCCCCACCCCGCGGCGGCUGAAUUGCAGGUUACCCAACACACCACCAUGAUCAGAAGCACUGGCCCGUGUCUUACACCACAGUCCCCAGGAGUCAGCAGCAGAGACUGGUGGUGCCCUGGGCUAUAACCCCUGUUCCCAGGCCACUCCCGCUGGGAAAGAGCCUUCUCUCUGUGCCCCUCUGAGUCCGCUGGAGCUGGGCUGCAGAUGGACAGUGAUGGAACCACAGCCUACCGGUAGUCACCUCCCUGCACAGAAUUCUGGCUCUGGGGCCAAAGGGAUGGCUUGGGAUUUCCCCGAGACCUUCUCCCCAAUACACAACUAGGGGCUAGGUCCCCCAGAAUUUCAGCUCAGGUGCUAGUUAGCAGUCCCUGCAAAAGCAGAUGCCGGGGAGAGAGUAACUCCUUGGCCAGAGCUUUGUGUUUAUUGGACUUCGUGGUAGUUUCCAAUUGGGGCAUUCCUGGAGUUCCUUGCAUGCCCUUCUGAGCACCCAGGAGCAGUUAGAGCGCUGUGUACAGGCCAGAGCAAGUCUGAGCCUCCACGCUUUUAUGGUUCAACAAUAAAAUUAUUUAGCAUAAUGACA